GUUUUUACUUUUAUCCAAUCUAUGGCCAAUGCAUCGCAUUUCUUCUUUAGCAUCACGAAUUCUCAGGAGCCUCACCUUUUCAUCACUCUUGAGAACCCCACAUUCCGCCAUAUCCACAUCUCGUAAUCCCACAAUUACCUCCAUGGAAGUAGAAGUCAAGCUCCGUUUACCAAACGCCGUUACUCACCAACGCGUCUCCUCAAUUCUCUCACCUUACCACCUCAAAACUCACGCUCAAGAGAAUGUCUUCUUAGACGGAGCCAACUCCGAACUCUCCUCCAAACUCGCCGUACUUCGCCUCCGAUUCUACGAUGUCGACACCCAGUGCAUUAUCUCCCUCAAGGCCAAACCCGUCAUUUCAAACGGUAUCAGCCGGAUUGAGGAAGAUGAAGAACCCAUUGACCCCUCUAUUGGCCGCGCGUGUGUUUCGGAGCCGUGGCGAUUACUGUUGAUCGAUUCUUCAAGGAUAAUACGGAGGGUUAGAGAAGAGUAUGGAAUUGGGGAAAAGGGUUUGGUCUGUUUAGGCGGGUUUAGGAAUGUGAGAGCGGUGUACGAGUGGAAUGGGUUGAAAUUGGAGCUAGACGAAACACAUUAUGUUUUUGGAAUGAAUUAUGAGAUUGAAUGUGAGAGUUGCGAUCCUGAAAGAGCUAAGGAUUUGCUGGAGGAGUUUUUGAAGAGUCAUGGUAUUGACUAUUCCUACUCUAAUGUGUCUAAAUUUGCCAUUUUUCGCUCUGGAAAAUUGCCUCAGUGAGUAAUAGGAGUAGUAACAAUGUUGUUGUAGAACUUCCUCAGAAGUAUUGUUUGAGUCAGAAUCUACUCUGAAUUGCUCCUUAUUGUGCAUUAGAGAAAACAAUUAUGGACCCAAUAUCAGAUUGUCAUUGCUCAAGCCUUGAGCUUUAAUGCUUUUUCCUUUUCAAUGUAGAUUCUUUUCUAAUUGA